GGUAGCAGCGCCCUGCGACAUCCCGCAGGGGCCCUCGGCCAAGGGGACAUGCUUCCAGGAAGCCACCGGCUGCCAGAUGCCCAGAGAGACCCCAGGCCCCCGGGUCCUGGCUGUGAGCCCGGCUGGUGGCAUUUGGUCAACAUGAGGACCCUCUUACAAGAGACGGUGUCAGGGGCCUGGAUGGAGAACGCGUCUCUCAGCUACGAGUAUGGGGAUUACUCGGGGACCCCCGACCUCCCUGUGGACUGUGUGGACGGCACCUGCGUCUCCACCGACCCACUGCGCACGGCCCCGGUGCUGCUCUACUGGGUGGUCUUCCUGGCGGGCGUGCCUGGCAAUGCCCUGGUGGCCUGGGUGGCCUGGAAAGAGGCCCGGCGCACGGUGGGCGCCACCUGGUACCUCCACCUGGCCGCGGCGGAUCUGGUCUGCUGUUUGUCGCUCCCAGUGCUGGCGGUGCCCCUCGCCCGUGGGGGCAGCUGGCCCUUCGGGGCGCUGGGCUGUCGGGCCCUGCCGUCGGCCAUCCUGCUGUCCAUGUACGCCAGCGUGCUUCUCCUGGCCGCGCUCAGUGUGGACCUCUGCCUGCUGGCGCUCAGGCCCAGCGGGGGGGCGGCGGGGCGGGCGCGCAGGGUGCAGGCAGCCUGCGGGGCCGCCUGGGCCGUGGCCCUGCUGCUCACCGCGCCCUCGGCCGUCUAUCGCCGGCUGCACCGGGAGCACUUUCCUCCCCGGCUGGAGUGCGUGCUGGACUACGGUGGCUCCGCCGCAGUUGAGAACACGGUGACCGCCACCCGCUUUAUUUUUGGCUUCCUGGGCCCCCUGGCGGUGGUGGCCACCUGCCACGGUGCCCUUCUGUGCCGUGCGGCCCGACACCGCUGGCCGCUGGGCACGGCUGUAGUGGUGGGCUUUUUUGUGUGCUGGGCCCCCUACCACUCGCUGGGGCUGGUCCUCGCCGCGGCGGCCCCACACUCCACACUCCUGGCGCGCGCCCUGCGGGCUGAGCCCCUGAUCGCCGGCGUCGCUCUGGCUCACAGCUGCCUCAACCCCAUGCUUUUCCUGUAUUUCGGAAGGACUCAACUGCGCAGGUCACUGCCGGCCGCGUGUCACUGGGCCCUGAGAGAGUCGCAGAGCAAGGAUGCAAGUGUGGUCAGCAAGAAAUCCACCAGCCACGACCUAGUCUCCGAGAUGGAGGUGUAGGCUAGAAGACAGAGGAAUACAGAGUGCGAGCAGGAGAGGGGC